GUGGUGAGCGAUGCUGCUCGUAUACGUCUCACUACCUCAAAGGACCCUGUUAUAAUUGGAGAUGCCCCCUCAGCUUGCUCUAUGCACUCCCAUGGGCAACGUGCAUUUGCUGAUGGUUGCAUUGACAGAAAGGGUCUUCCUCAUCUCAAUCCAUCUUCUUUGCCUGCCCCUCGUUGUCGUACCCAAGUUAUCAUGGAAAUCACACGGCAACCUCCUCGCCCAGCUUCUCGAGCAGUCCCCAAACUAUCCGCUAUGCAUACCAGGGAACUUAUCCCACAAAUUGCUUCUGUCGAGGGGGGAUCUAGUUCCGAGUAUGACGACAGCACUGACAAUGCAAAUGAUUAUGAGGACGACUCGGAGUUGCAAUUUAGUGAGAGUGAGAGUUGCCCUACGAAGCGCCUUAGACAUUAA